GCUGAGCUGGCUGUUCGGUGUUUGGGCUGAAGUGUUCAGGCUGUUCCUGUCGACGACUUUCUCCGAGUGGGAGCAGUCGCUAAAACCAGGAAGAUUUCUGCACACUGAGUGGAAAACACACGGUGCUAAUCCGUUGUCCGUAUUUCACACCAGCAGAGUUCAACUUUGAACAAAAAGGAGUUGCAGCUUCGUUAAAUCGACGCCAUGGACCCCGCCAGUCAAGAUAUCAACCUGAACUCUCCUAACAAGGGUCUUGUUGUGGAUCAUUCAGACAGCCUGUCCGACGUGCCGGUGGAGGGGGCGGUGGGGAACUCGACCAACCCUCUUCAGCCCGGCCUGACAGAGGAAGAGGCCGAGGAGCUGCGCACCGAGCUCACCAAGGUGGAGGAGGAGAUCAACACCCUGCGUCAGGUUCUGUCAGCCAAAGAGAGACACGCCGCAGAGCUGAAGAGGAAACUCGGCCUCAGCCCGCUCAAUGAGUUCAGGCAGAACCUGACCAAGAGCUGGCAAGACGUACAGACCUCCAACGCAUAUGUGUCUGCCUCAGCCACGUGGGAUGACAUUGCCCACUCUGAAGCAUACAAGAAGACACAGGAGACUCUUUCCCAGGCGGGACAGAAGACCAGUGCAGCUCUCACCACAGUGGGCACGGUCAUCAGCAAGAAACUGGGCGACAUGAGGAACUCUGCGACCUUCAAGUCAUUUGAGGAUAAAAUGGGGAACCUGAAGUAUAAGGUCGUCGGCCCCAAAGGGAACGGGGAGGCCGUCAGCUCCCCCACUGACACCACCCCCACUCAGGAGAAUCCACCUUUCUGAAUCCAUCCCUCCUCCUCCUCCUCCUCCUCCUCCUCCUCCUCCUCCUCCUCGCUGCCACCUUCCUCACAACCUGAGACUGUACUGUUAUCACUUCACAUCGCAGAGUCAGCCCUGACCUUUGACCCUCCACCUCACCGACUCGCCGCCUCUCACUUUGGUCCAUGGGUCCGUAGAGUCUGACGGGUGGGGGCGAAGGACUCGUGGCUUUGGGGUGGGACGAGCCUUCCUCACCAGCCCCGCCGCUGCUGGUCGAGCUCCAUUCUUCUGCCUCCGUUGAGGAAAAGGAAAAUGUUUUGUUGAUGUCUAAACCUGAAUAAUUUCCAGAGCUUACUUCUCCACCUCCUGCCUCUACCCCCCCCCCAGUUCCACCCACCCCCCUUCAUUUGUCUUCCUCAGUCCUCAGACACCUUAUUUGAACCGGUUGUUGCUGUUUCAGCGAGUCACUCUGUGGAUAUAAAGGCAUUAUAAGAUGUCACAUUUAGUUCUGGGAUGGGGGGCGUUAAAGAUGCUGCUGCAGUCAUCAGAAAGUAACCCUGCAGGUGCAUUUAUGCCCCCCAACUCAGAGUUCAGGAACCAGGAUGUCUGCAGACUGAGGGUGGAGGAGCAUGGUGGUUAACUUUAUUGUGUCUUCUGGUUUCUGACGGCGAUCAUGUACUUAAAUCAUCACACACUCAGUACCCCCACCUACACCCGCUUUGCUUCCCAGCUAUGCAGUUGCAGCCGUGUGAACUACACUCGCAGGUUAGACUCGGGGGUGGGGGGGUGUUGUAGGAUCCAGCACAUGCCACCCUUCUUAGACCCACCACUGCUACAUGCAUGUGCAUAUCUCAUCUCAUACCAUACCGACCACGCAAAGACGGCCGGUCUCGUGUAACACCCUAAAAACCCCCCCGGAUGUAAAAACAGAAAAAAACCUUAAACCAUUUUGUAUUAAAACUAUUUUACACUGCUUUGCAUAAUGUUUUUACAUGACUUUUAUCAAUAUGUAUAAAUAUAUAUGAAUGAAUAUAUUGUCGCUGCCGCUGCCGAUUGGUAGUGAUCAGUUUGGGAGGUGUGAGAAAAAGCAGGGGGAGGCUCGACACAGUUUCAGUUACUGUCUGUGGAGAACACGUUUGUGAAACUGACUCGUUCAGGCGGCUCAGACCGAGGCAAGAAGAGCAUAGUGGAGUGGUUUCACCUGACACACUGGACGUGGAUUUGAUCUGAGAUGUCUCCAUUUUCAAGUCCAACUAAACCUCUGAAGGCUUGAAAAUGGUGUGAAACCACUUUGACCCUGGUUUGUUCUCGUCCUCGGUGUGAGACGAUGCUUUGCCUGGUGAAUGUCAGCGCUUCUCUGUCGGCCUUACUCACUGAAAAAGGUUCACCUGUUACUAUGAUUCAGCUGGUAGAGAAGAAGUAGUUGUUUUCCUUUGUGUUAGUUUAUUAAGUUGAACAGACUGGUUUGAUUGAAGGAAGGUCAGUUAGCAUUAAAAUAUUUAGAGUCUACAAAAUGUGUCAUGGAAACCUCUCGCUGCCACUGCAGAAACUUUGCCAACGACCCCUUAAUGCCCACAUGAACACACGAAUGCACUCCUGUUAACACACUAAAUGCCUAACUGCACGCACACACACGCACACUCACGCUGCAUGAGGCCAAACCUACAAGCGUUUUGUUCAGAACCGCCGUCGCCCUCCGUGUACGCCUACAGCAGGAGCUCCAACAAACGACGCGGCCUCAGACACGGCGAAGCACCGUCACUUUUCUCCCCAACGUGAAAACGAAGAGAUCGCUGCUGUGGUUUGGCAGAACGUGACUGCUGUCUGUGACAUUUCCCAGCGUCGCCUCGCGUUGCCAAAUAUCUCUCUCAACUACACAAUGUUGCUCUUGUGUCCUGUCUCAAAAUGUCACGGGGGGGUUUAUCGAGGCAGCAAAAAGGGUAAAUGAGCUGUUAUAUACCGUAAUAUUUUGGAUUAGUGAAUGAUUUAUGCCAAAACAGAAAAUGAAAAUACCCGGCGUAUAAACAAAAGUUCCCAUCAAACUGCUUCUGAACUGCUGCCAGCGAAUCAGAACGUGCAUUUCCUUGUUCUGUUUGUGUUUGUGUCGAUUGGUUUGGUAGUUAAUAUAUUCCUGUUAGCUGAAUCGUUAUGUUUUCUUUCUGGCUUUCCAUCUGUUGGGAGAGGUGGACUUUAGAGAAGAUUUGUUAUUUGUACAAAUAAUUUGCCAUCAGUUAAAAACAGGUUGCCAAUAUUUAAAUACCUGUUACACCUUUCUCUCUGACUUUCUGCUUUGCCAAGAGGAAAAAUGCGGACGCGCACUAGCAAGAAUGCUAAUCUCAAGUCAUUUGCUUCAGAAUUGACUCAUGAAGUUGUUUUUUUCUUAGACAAAGUGGAGGAAUUGCCUCGUAGUUGAUGCUUUGGUUUGGCAGAGGUCUCACUCUGUGCAAGAAAAGAGCGAUGUAAAGGCUGAAUUAAAUGACUUGUUGGGAUGGAUUUUCUUCGCAGUGUCGCCGUCGCCUGUUUAAAGCUGCAGCCUGUUUUGGGAGACUGACGAUGAAAAGGAUGAUGUGCUUUUGUUUUGGGUGCCGAUGGGAAGCGCAGCACGUGAUGAGCCUGCUCAGAGCUCGCUGCUGCAGAGGCUGGAGGACAGUAGAGUUCUCACAGCUUUAUUUAGGUCCUGGGAUAGGCUGAUGUAGAAUAUCAAAAGGGAUCAGAUUUGGAAGAUUACAGCGAAUGAAUUAAAAUCACUUUUUGGUUUUGUUGUAUAUGUUUGGAUAUCAAUAAAGCAUUCCUUUAAA